UGCGUGCGUGCGUGCGUGUCUGUGUUUGUGCGUGUGCUUCAGAUCCAGGGCCUGGAGUGGAUGGUGUCCCUGUACAACAACAACCUGAACGGCAUCCUGGCGGAUGAGAUGGGUCUGGGCAAGACCAUCCAGACCAUCGCCCUCAUCACCUACCUGAUGGAGCUCAAGAGGCUCAACGGGCCCUACCUCAUCAUCGUGCCCCUCUCAACUCUAUCCAACUGGACGUAUGAACUUGACAAGUGGGCGCCAACCAUUGUCAAAAUUGCAUACAAGGGCACACCCUCCCUGCGCCGCGGCCUGCUGCCUCAACUGCGCAGCGGCAAGUUUAAUGUGCUGCUGACCACCUACGAAUACAUCAUCAAGGACAAGCAAAUCCUGGCCAAGAUCCGCUGGAAGUACAUGAUCGUGGACGAGGGCCACCGCAUGAAGAACCACCACUGCAAGCUGACUCAGGUGCUGAACACGCACUACGUGGCUCCGCGCCGCCUGCUGCUGACCGGCACGCCGCUGCAGAACAAGCUGCCCGAGCUCUGGGCCCUGCUCAACUUCCUGCUGCCCACCAUCUUCAAGAGCUGCAGCACCUUCGAGCAGUGGUUCAACGCCCCCUUCGCCAUGACCGGGGAGAGGGUGGACUUGAAUGAGGAGGAGACCAUUCUGAUCAUCCGGCGCCUCCACAAG